GUAUUGUGCCAUGAGUAGCGACGAACAAACUCUUGUUUUUAGUUUUGUUUUAUAACUUAUUUUUUUUUUUUCUUUCCUGACAGAGGUUAGUGAAAUAUUGAUAAGAAUCAAAUCUAUUAUCAAAUCAUUUAUUAUCAACUACAUUGGGCUGUGGAAAGGUAUUCGAGUGUCUGCAGGAAAGUGGGGCUACCCAGUUAAAGUGUCUGAUUGUGAUUCGAUUGCUUUAGGGGAUUCAUUAUGUAAAGUGGAAUUGUGAUAAAUUGUAUGAUAACGAUACAAAUUUAAACUUAACCUGAAUACCAAAAACUCUUAAAAAAGGACAGUUUGUAUGUAGUACGUUCAAUAUUCAAUUACAUAUGUACAUAUUCAUUAUGAGUACAUGUACAACAAGACGUAAUCGUAAUCAAAAUAUUUGAUCAGAUCGGGUCACAUGCAAAAUAUCACACAAUCAGUGCCAAUUUAUUAUACCCUCUUUGUAUAUAAUUUGCUAUAUUUAAACCGUUAAGCGAAGCAAACAACCUGUGAUAAGAAUGAAAAAAAUUCAAAUUGGAAUAAAGGGGCCUGUUCAAAUUGAUUGUGAAAGAAAUCGAGACUAAAAAAGUAAUAGCAAAAGCCUUAUAAUGCAAAGUCAAACACAAAGUACUUCGGCAGGCGAACCACCGUCGCCUCCACCGGCACCUCCAGCAGGUUCUGCAACAAGAAAUCAGUUACGUCCCGUCAAAUAUGAUUAUGCAGAUUCAUUUGCUUGUACUUAUGUAGUAUCCGUUGUUGCUGCUUCCGUAGCAGAACUAACCACGUAUCCACUGGAUCUCACCAAAACUCGUUUACAAAUACAAGGCGAAGCAGCUGCUAACAGCUUAAAAACCGACCUAGGCGUUCAACCAAAGUAUCGUGGCAUGUUGGCGACAGCGUUCGGCAUUGUCAGGGAAGAGGGCACAAUGAAGUUGUGGCAAGGUGUCACGCCAGCGCUUUAUCGCCAUGUCGUUUACAGUGGUGUGCGUAUAUGCAGCUAUGAUUUUCUGCGCCGUAAAUUGGGUAACGAUGAAAACGGCAUAAUUACAUUGCCACUGUGGAAAUCGGCGCUUUGUGGUGUAUCGGCAGGUGCGGUUGCACAAUGGUUGGCUUCACCAGCCGACUUAGUUAAGGUGCAAAUUCAAAUGGAGGGCAAACGUCGUUUAAUGGGUGAACCGGCACGUGUCCAUGGCGCAGCACAUGCUUUCAAAGAAAUUGUUCGCCGCGGUGGUGUAGCGGGUCUGUGGAAAGGCAGCGUGCCGAAUGUACAGCGUGCGGCACUUGUCAAUCUUGGAGAUCUCACAACAUACGACACCAUCAAGCAUAUGAUUAUGAUCAAAUUGAAUAUGCCCGAUUGUCAUACUGUGCAUGUACUUUCCUCCAUAUGUGCUGGAUUUGUAGCUGCCAUUAUGGGCACGCCGGCAGAUGUGGUGAAGACACGUAUAAUGAAUCAACCGACAGAUGAUAAGGGCAGGGGUCUACUCUAUAAAGGCUCCAUCGAUUGUCUUCGUCAGACAGUGAAUAAGGAAGGUUUCGCUGCACUUUAUAAAGGCUUCUUACCUUGCUGGAUACGUAUGGCACCAUGGUCAUUAACUUUCUGGCUGUCUUUUGAACAAAUUCGUAGCAUGAUCGGUGCUUCUGGUUAUUAGUUUGUUUUGUGGAACCUUAGUGUACUCAUAUUAAGUGUUUUAUAGGCGUCGCCGCUGUUGUUGCAAGUAUACAUGAGUUUCUCAAGUGAUCGGAAUAUUAGAACGUUCUUACAAAGUUCAGCACGUUUUCAAAACAUACAAUACAUAAGUACGAAAAAAUAUUUUUGAUUUAUUUCACAUUGAAUAUUAUGCAUUAUACGACUGCUAACAAUAUUACAUCUAUUUUGUCUUAUGUGCAUGCUAUCAACUGGAAAAUUAUGUUUUUUAAAGAACAGAAAAACGUGAAAAAAUCAUUGCAAAUGGUGGUCAAGAGUAGCGACAGAUAAACCCGGUCAGGCAGCGGGAGUGAUUAAUUUAACACAUAUUUUUACGGUUUAUGCUGAUCUAUUAAUGUGCGCGUAUCGGUAAAAAUGCGUUUCAAUAUACAUAUGUAUGUAUUAAUGUCGUAAGAAAUUUCAAUAUUUAUUAUUUACUAAACAUACAUACAUACACACUUAAAUAUAGAAAGAUUGUAAUAAAUUAUUUAAAGCCUUAUAUGCUGCACUGCAGAAUAUCUUUAAGUAAUUAAGGUGACAAUAUAAUAUUGUACAAUGUAAAUAAAGAAUAAAUAAGUUUUUUACAUACAUAUUAAUACUAAA